GAAGGCAUCCUAAUUUUUUAACGCUGUAUCUCAUUUUCCUGAGAAAACGAGAGAAAAUACAAGUCAAGAGAUACAGAGAGAAGGAAGAGAUGCACGGAUUCACGAGCCUCAGCACCAAGGACAAGGAAGUUGAUCUCGAAGCGGGAAAUGGUGAGACUUUAUACCCUGGUUUGGGUCUGGGGGAGAACCAGCUGCGAUGGGGCUUGAUUCGUAAGGUCUACGGAAUUCUGGCGGUUCAGCUGAUUCUCACCACCAUCGUCUCCGCCACCACCGUCCUCUACACUCCCAUCAACAAUCUCCUUGCCGAGAGUCCUGGCCUCCUUUUGCUCCUCUGCAUCGUUCCCUUUGUCCUACUGUGGCCGUUGCACGUUUAUCAUCAGAAGCACCCUGUCAACCUGAUUAUCCUUGGUCUUUUCACCGUGUCACUAAGCUUUUUGGUGGGAGUAAGUUGUGCUAAUACAGAUGGCAAAAUUGUGCUUGAAGCACUAAUUUUAACCUCUGCUGUGGUUUGCUCUCUAACUGCAUACACUUUCUGGGCUGCCAAGAAGGGAAAAGACUUCAGCUUUUUGGGACCAAUUUUGUUCACCGGCCUCAUCAUCCUCAUACUAACCAGUUUUAUCCAGAUGUUCUUCCCUCUUGGCUCAACAUCUACCGCUAUCUAUGGUGGAAUUAGUGCUCUGAUAUUCUGUGGCUAUAUCAUUUAUGACACUGAUCACUUGAUCAAACGCUUUACAUAUGAUGAGUAUAUUUUGGCCUCUGCUGCUCUCUACCUGGACAUUCUCAACCUGUUCCUUUCCAUUUUACGAGUUUUGAGUCAAAGAAACAAUUAGUUUGUACUGUACACUCUUCACCGGCUGGGGUUUAGCAUGCAAACUAUAUAUUUGUAAUAACUGAAGCAAGUUAAGAUUGUGGAUAGUUGGUAUAUGCAUUGAGUGCACUCUUCUUAUAUUGGCCUGGAGGGCUUUACUUUACAUUCACCCAAUCAACUCUAGUAAAUAGAUAUGCUGUUGAGAUUGUUUUCUUUCGCA